UGGACUGAGGGUGUAAAAAUUUCAGUGAUAGUGCGCAAUUCCUCGAAAGUUAAAAACAAACAAAGCAUAAUGAAGAUGAGUCAGUUGUUUGCAUUCAAAGGUGGAGCCACAAAGAGCUGCCUAAAAGGGAACAACUCUAUCUGAUGACAGUCACAUAGCUGCACGGAGUCUUGAUGAGAACAUGCAGGGCCAUUAACUUGCAUUACUGGAUAAGAGCAUUUCCUGAAGCAUCUUGAUACUGAACUCAGCACCGUUUCAGGAACUUGUAUGCUGCCAGCUUCAACAGUAAACUAACCACACUGUCAAAAUGCAGACCAUUCUAAAAGAAUGCAAGGAUGGGUCUAGCUGUGAUCCAGAAAAUACUGUUAAGUAUCUGUUACUUUUAUUUUUCAAGUUGGGACUGGAUAUGGGGGUUUUUCACUUCUGCAACCAGAAGCUUUAUAGGUCCUUUUUAAGCAUAUUCAGCCUGUUCAUUAUCCUGGCUGACCUGCUGAUGGUAUUUUGUAUAGCAACCAUCUGGUUUCGUGCGGCUGAAAUUGCUCUUGGGUCACUAUGCAUCCUCUUGGCUAACGCCUCAGCGACAUAUGGAGCACUGCCGCUCCCCGUGAUGUGUCUGGGUUUACUGGACUACUACUUAGAUCAUACUUGGAUCAAACAGAGUGCCUUCUCCAAAAUCCUCAGGAAUGUGGUGUUGACAUUGCUGGUAUGGAUGCUAGCUUUGAUUUAUUCCUUUGGUACUGUCAAACCUGAGCUGGGCGAACUGUUUUACGAGUCAGGGAUCAACAUCCUGGUGUGUGAAGUAGAGGAGAAUACAGUGGUUGCCUGCGUCACUUUGGGACUUUUCAUUGCAGUACUCUGUACUAUACUGCCCUUUUGGUCAAGAAUUCCCCAGUGGGUGAAAGAGGCUGACAACUUGUCUGAAUUGAGCGAAGAAAACCUAAGGAGCGACUUGUUGUUCACUUCAACCCCGUGCAUAGAGACAAAAUAUGGGGAGAAGAAUGAUCUGAAUGAGCCCAUCCAACCACGACCACCUUUGUGGCUCAGCUUCACUCUGGGAUUUGGUAUAUUCUGGAUGCCAUAUCUUACUCUAUCUACAAUUUGUCUGGUCUCUAGCAUUGAAGUACCUUCCUACAUCACUGUUAAUCUUCUGUGGUUGGAGUGCACCAACAGUGUACUAGGGUGUGUGCUGUUCUGCGUAAAGAGCAAGACUCAAGAACUGUAUAGCCAAUUACCAGAGAAUGUGUGCUCAUGGCAUGUUUAUUGGCAUUUGAGCAAAGGAACACAGCUGCAGCAACUCCCUAUAGCUGUGUUUAAUCCAUCUAGAGGGAGAAGAAAUAGUCUUCUCUUUGUGUAACAAACAAGUUCAGUGAUAAUCCUGUUACAACACAGACCUGACCGUCUACACAGCAAAACCACAACUGUGGCCAUAAAAAUAACUUUAUGUUUACAUCACCAUAAAUGUUACAUUUUCUAGAUUUAUUUGUAUAGGUCUAUCAUUCAACUCUUUUAAAAGAUUGUUUUAGAGAUCAGGAAAACACUAUGACUCAAGAUUUACUGUAUAUCUACAUGUAUCUAUUCCUACUUGACUUUCUGCCUGCA